UAACGGAAAGAUCAUCCCGGGAAACGAACGACAGCGAAUCUACAAGGCUGCUGCGCGCGCUCGCUUUGAUUUAACAUGAGGACUGAACGGGCUUUAAUUAUAUGCACGACGAUGCUUCUUUAUAUAUCUCUUAUUAAAGGUCAGACAUCAGACUUGCCCACAGACUUGAGCUCCAUCACCUCUAAUGAUCAUGUGACUUCCAAAAGUGUCACUUUGGAAUCACGACUCACUUCAGCCUAUAAAGUCGUCUCGUCUACUCUGACGGAGUUCUCAAACCCUGAGGUCACACCGACUGUUCCUCCUUCAUCACAGCCAACCGAAGACACCGCAGUGCACAGUGACACCUCUCCAUCACAGACACCUGAGCCACAAGAAGUCACCACCCUCAACAUGGAGAAAACCUCAGUACCAGCCUCUUCUGUAAGCAGCCUGACAUUUUCUCUUGUAAAGAGCACCAUUUCAGAAUCAGCAACCACCACAGCUCCUGCAAAAUCUAUCAGUCCAAGUCAAGGAUAUCAGACCUUCUCUCCUCUAACCAGCAGUGUGUCCCAAACAACUCAAGCAGCUCUGCCAGUCACCCCCUCUUACCCUGCACCAUCUCAGUUUGUCCAGACUGGCAGUUCAAAGGUCACUGGCCCUGCUCCACUGGAAGACCAGGAUGAGCCCUCUGAACUGGAUGUGGGGGAUGAAGAAUCAGACAAAGUUCCACACCGUCCCGCCUCCCCCCUGGACCCCUUGUUCGCCGCUCUGGUCUCCAUUUUCAUUAUUUGCACCGCCAUGGUCUCUGUUGUACUCUUCCUCAGAUUCCGCCAACGCAGUGAGCAUCCAGAGUUCCACCGGCUUCAAGACCUCCCUAUGGAUGAUCUCCUAGAAGACACGCCAUUGUCAAGAUACACCUAUUAGCAAGAGAGAAUUCGGGGCUAGCGUUUCAUUAUCCCUCAGGCACCCAGUAUUACUGAUGAUUGCACAUCCAUUUCCCACAUCCAACUGAUUAUAGGCUUUAAGGGUUCUCAGGACGUUUUAAAGAAUGUGCUGUACAAUAUAUGCCAUUCAAAUCUGUGGCAAAACUGUCUUGAUGCUAAAGUUUGGUUGCAUAACAAUAGGAUAACAUAAGGGAUGCAUAAAAUAAGGUUUAAUUAAAUGCAUACAGCAACAAAAAAUGAAUAAACAUUUUCAGUAAGAAAAUAGGAACUCUUAUGCCAAUCAAAUGUAUUCAUAUACCCUAAUAAAACAGGUGAUUACUUAAAAGGGAAGGAUUUCCAAGGGAACAGAAUUUGCUUUUUUGUCACCUUCAGAUCAUUAGAAAUGUUUGCCGUACAUGUACUUGCUACAUAAAUCGACAUCUGCCUGAGGACUGAUUCUGUAAUCAAUAUUUCCGGAGCUCUAAUAUUAGUAAUAAUAGAACUUGAUGAUGGCUUGAGAUACUGUUCUCUUGAAAAAAGUUUCCUUCACUAGAAACCGUAAUUGUUCAUUUGCAUAGGGAGUUGCUCAUUCAUUACUUUAUGUUCCAUAAAUUCAAAUAUUCUACACAAACACUUUUCUUUUUCUUUUCAGGGGCUUCAGUGUUUCAGAGACUAUUUUUUGGGAGGAAAACGUCCCUGUUAUUAGUAUUAAUGAACUUUUGCACUGAUAGAGAAUUGAUAUUGUAGUGAGAAAAAUAGGUUUUUAUUUUAUUUUUAUGUGACAGUGUUUUGGAAUUAUUAAGUAUUUGGGGUUAAACUGAAUUGUGAUUUUGAUAUUUCUGACAAAGUUGAUUGUGUCUUGACUUAUUAUGAAGGUUUAAGGAUUGUAAAAUAACUUGAAAUGUGUUUUAGCAUAUUCACUUCUGUCUACUCUGGUAUUUGUGGUAAACCUAAUGCCUAAUGUACUUUGUGCCAAAACUGACUUAUAUACUGGUAAAUAUAUAUUGCACAGUUGUGUUGUUGAAAAACUGUAAAGUUUGUAAUAAAAGAAGAUUUUUUUUUUUUCUUA